UAGCUGGAGGUUAGAGUUCACAGGGUCAGCUGUGCAUCAGCUACACGUGAUUGUCAUGCGGUGUGUCAACAUUAUACCUGUGGGAUCGGUCAGAGUUCAGGGUACACGGCCGGGUCUGCUGAUGAGAGCGUUAACUUGUGUGUUGACUGCGAAGAACGUUUGGUGCUGUAACCAUGAAAGACUUCCUGGUUAGGUGACCGGUCACGUACAUGUAACGUUACGCCGUUCCAUCUUCGUACUGAGGGCGUUCUUGGGGUAGUCUCAAGGGUGCAGGUCAUUGGCCUCCCUAACAUAAAAUGGCGGCUGAGGAGGAGUUUACCCUGACGGAGGAGGAUGUGGACGGUAUAGAGGACGAUGAUCUGGGCACGGUGAUAGAUCUGCUGGAGAGGUGCGGGAUCAACUAUGACGGGCUGGACACCGUGCCCGAGCUCAAGGAGCUGCUCAGGCAGAAGUGUCGGGAGGAGGAGGCGGCGAGAACAGGACAGGAGGAACAGGAAACGGCCACGUCUGUCAUGAAGAUGUUGAUAGAAGACGACAAAAGGAAGCGGGAGGAGCUGAUCCAGACCUGCGAGGACUUGUCAAGUUUUCUGAUGAACUUGGACGAACAGACGAAGGAAGAAGCAGAAGCGAACAUCCCUGGGUACGAGAGCCAGCUGAGACAACAGAUUGAGAACCUGUCCAAAGGCGACUGCCCCAUCCUCGUGGCCGGUGAGACGUCUGCCGGUAAGAGCAGUCUGCUAAACCUGCUCCUGGGAGAGGAGGUGCUGCCCUACUCACACCUGUCUUCAACAUCCGUCAUCUGCGAACUCAAGAACGGGCAGGACAAACGGGUGGUGGUGCACAGGUGGCAGCCUGACGAUGCCGGGCGGUCCGUGGUGCAGUUUAAGCUGACUCCGGACGUGCCUUACCAUGACCAGCUGGCGCGGUACGUCCACCAGAAGGGAGACAGGGACCUGCCGUCUGAGGUUAAGAUGAUCGAGAUCUUCUGGCCCAUACCGAUCCUGCAGGGUGAUAUCUUCAUCGUGGACAGCCCGGGGGUGGGGGAGAACGAGAGGAUGACGCAACAAGUCCUGGAGUACAUCCCACAAGCCUUUGCGUUCAUCUACGUCAUCAACAGCGCCAACGCAGGAGGGGUGCAGGAGGACAGGCUCCAGAAACUUCUGAAGACUCUGAUCGAAAAGAAGUCGACAAAGGAGCUGCGAGCGUUCCACCCGAAGUCGUCCAUCUUCAUCUUCAAUAAGUGGGACCAGGUACCCAAGAAGGAGGAGGAGGAGGUGAAGGAGAAGAUGGUGGAGAAGUUGAGAAACUGCUGGGAAGGACUGGAGCCCGAGUCUCAGGUGUUCUACUUAUCUACUAUCCAGGCGGCCAGAAUGCUGAAGGCCGGAGCGGGACCCACCGAGGAUUUCCGGCGGCUGUUGGACGGGUUUCACCGACUUGUGCCGGAGGGACUCAAGUCAAGGCUACUGGCAUACUACAACUGGCUGGAGUACCUGUUGAAGAGGAUCCUGUUCUUCGUGCGCGCCCGUCUGGACCUGGCCAGGGCCACCACUCAGCAGAAGGAGGAGCGCUCACGGACUAUCUCAAGGCGGCUUCGGAAGUUUGAGGAACACUCGAAGCAGAUUUUGGACUCCCUGGAGGAAGAGGUGAAGAGGAGGACAGAUUCCAUCGUGAACGAGCUGCACACUUACAUGACGAGCCCGUCUGUCAGAGAGACCCUGUGCCACUGGAAAGAAGAGGAUACGCCGGACGUGCACGACCUGGAGUCGCUGGAGCACGAGACGCAGAAACUCAUCCAGAAGCGUCUGUCCGACACCGUCAGCGCCUGGGAACGAGAGCACGCGCUGGUCAGGACGGCGCAGGAGAAGAUCACCGAACUCUUCAAGAAGGAGUUCCACAUCCUGGACGACGAGUUCAUGGAGAUCGAGAAGACGUUCCUGCUAUCUGGCGAGCUGUCGAACCUAGAAGACAUCAACGUGGGCCUUGCCGGCUCGGAGAUGUCAGUGGAGCAGCACCAGGCGCAGUUCAGCGCCAAGGAGAUGGCCAUCAUCGGGCUGACGGCACCCGUCUGGAUCCCGCUCGCCAUCGUGGCUGGAGUUAUCGCCCUUCCAAUUUUGGGAAGUAUGGCCGCUCAGUCGAAGAUUAAGGAAUGGACCGAACUUAACAAGUACCGGGCGGCUCGCGUGGCGCACAUGGAAGAAUGUACCAAGAUGUACCUGGACCACGUGAACACCGGGUACAUCAAGAGCAUUGUAGUCGGACAACUGUCAAACCUGCAUCACUACCUGGACCAGCUGAAGGAUGCCAUUCCAAAACUGAUAAACGCCGACAAGAAGCUGAUUGAGAACCUGAGGACUGAAACUCGGGAGGGUAGCCAACUCAUCCGUCUGUACCGGCCCAUCAACACCAGAGGAGAGCUGCUUCUGGGGCAGCUUGAGCUGUUCAAGGCGGUGAACAUGAAGACGUACGACGUGCAGGUGCGGGAGCUGCAGGACUGGGACCGGACCCGGCCCCUCGCCAGCGGCAGCUUCGCGGACGUGUACUCCGCCCGGCUCCGCGGCAGGCCCGUCGCGCUGAAGGUCACCAGGUGCCCGCUCACAGAUGACAACACGCUGGAGGUGCUGCAGGAGGAGGAGAUCAUGAGAAAGUUGAGGCACAAGAACAUCGUGGAGUUCCUGGGCAGCGCCCUGCAGAUGGCACCAAACGGUUCCGCCCGUUUCGUCAUGGUCCUGGAGCUGUGCAAGUCGACUCUCCGCGAGGUCUUCUUCAAAAACCCACAGAACUGCCCAGGGAAGCAGAAAAGGUAUUCUGCGGAACAAGGCACAGCUCUGAACUAUGCCUCCAAGAUGGCCGCCCAACUGGCGGACGGACUGCGCUACAUCCACGGGUGUGGCUACGUGCACAGGGACCUGAAGCUAGAAAAUGUGCUGGUGACGGCUGAUGACGUAGUGAAACUGUGUGACGUAGGUCUGACGAAGGCAGUGGAGAAGGUGACCGGUACGCUGUGCGGAACUAUCCUGUAUGCUGCGCCUGAGGUUUUGCGGCAGGAGAAGUACAGCACCAAGGUGGACAUGUUCGGGCUAGGGCACCUCCUGUGGGAGAUGUGGUACGGGGAACAGGUCUUCAAGGUCGACGCCGCGCAGUUGACCAACGAACAGUUCAUCAUGGCCGUCGUCUGCCACGACAUGAGGCCCAAGUUUCCCGCCAACCGCGAGCCGGUGUACUACUGGAAGGACCUGAUGGUGCAGUGUUGGGACGCGGACCCGAGCAAGCGGCCCACUGCCGAGACGUGCUACACCAGUCUGAUCAGCAACAAGGACGCGUCUCCGCAAGUGCACUUCAAGAUAGACAGUUCCACUGAGAUUAAUAGUUGAACGGUUUGAGAAAAGUGUUUAUAAUUCAGGGAAUUCAUCAUCAUCAUGCCUAUGGAUUAAUCCAGUGAGGUACGUUUGAUAAAGACACUCCAGUACCCCCUUGUCCCUCAUGGUGGACACUAAGAGCAGUCCAUGUGAGAUCAGUGUCUUUCUCUGACAUUGACAAAAGUGUAGUAUGUGGUAUUCACAUUCAACGUCUCCCAGUGGGAAGCCACUGGAAUAGUAUACCGGCUGGUGAAUUCAGAGAUUUAACAUUAAUGUAGGAUAUGCAAUUUUUCAAACAUCAAAAUUGUUGUACAGUGCGGAAAGACUAUUGAGACAACCUCUCGGUCGAGACAAAAGAUGAGGUUUUAAGUUGUACAUACAGAAUUAUCUGCCAUAUUGUAUAUAGGACAUUCCUUCCGUAUAUUAAGGAAGUUUUGAAAAACGAAAGUGAUGUUUAACCAGUUAAACCCAAGUGAACUCAAUGAAAAGUUUAGCUACUCCUUCACUGGCCAUUGUACUGGGGAGAUUGUUGUUGUUAUUCCCAGAUGUUGGUCUUGAUGAGGAAGGCACCCCCCUUCCAACCCUUCAAUUUUCAAUUUGUUUUAUUUGGUAAGGCUCUCGCGGGCAAAUACCCGAAUUUCGUCCUUAUUACAUAACAUAACGGAUUAAAACAAUGAUUUGCUGCAGUCUUCAUUGCACAUAUGAAAACAUGGCAAGCACACUAUUAAAUCAUUUCGAAAACGAUUACACAA